AUGUCGACGAAAGCGGAGGCAACGAUGAAGAUGAAGAAGGUUCAGUGGUUCUGGACUUGGGUGAUCGGUUCCGUUAUUUUGAGACUGAUUCUGGUUUACUUCCCCAAAAACCUUAACCUCUCUUCUCGCCCGGAAAUUUCGACCCCUCUCACUAGCAUUCGUCGUCUUGCCGAGGGUUACUGGUUGAAGCAAUCAUCAAUGUCACCCUAUGCAGGAUCAAUGUACCAUGGUUCUCCUUUGUUGUUGACAGUUCUUGGACCACUAACUGUUGCGAAGAUUGAAGGACAACCGGAUCAUCUUUUAUGCAGCUUGGUUUUUGUGAUGGCGGAUGUUGUCACUGCAAUGCUGAUUUGUGCUGCUGGUAAAAAACUUCAAGUGGCGUAUGGUUCAAGUUUACGAUCUGUUGGCCUUUGUCAGUUAUCAGAGGAUUCAGAUGUUUUUCUUUCAGGAGAGUUUGCUGCUCUUGUAUACUUGUGGAAUCCUUUUACGAUUGUUGCAUGUGUUGGUCUAUCAACUUCUGUAAUCGAGAACUUGAUGGUUGUGUUAACCCUUUAUGGAGCAUGCGCACGGGUAGCUCCGUUGGCUGCUUUUGGGUGGGUCAUAGCUACUCAUUUGUCUCUGUACCCGGCAAUCCUUAUUAUCCCAGUAAUACUGUUAUUUGGUUAUGGCCUUGAUGCUCCCCCCAGGAAAUUAUUCCGGCAAAGAAAAAAUCUUGAAGUUGAUGAUUCCACCUCAAGCGCGGUUAAAGUAUUCUCAUGGAGGCCGGUCGUGCUUUUUUUGUUCUGGGCUUUGCUGUGGUCAUCCUACGUUUUAAUCCUCUGUGGCAUUUCUGUCCAACAGCACGGUGGUCUACAGGAGAUGUUCAAAAGAUCCUAUGGAUUCAUUCUUACCAUACAAGAUUUGUCUCCAAACAUUGGAGUUUUUUGGUACUUCUUCGCAGAAGUUUUUGACUUCUUCAGAAGUUUCUUCCUUAUAGUAUUCCAUGGGAAUAUUCUAUUAUUGAUAGUGCCAUUAGCCAUACGUCUUAAUCACCGGCCUUGCUUUCUAGCUUUUGUAUACACUGUGCUUUCUUCCAUACUCAAGUCUUAUCCUUCUGUUGGUGAUUCUGCUUUGUACUUGGGUUUAUUGGGCUUAUUUGCGUAUGAACUCAAAGAUAUGCAGUAUUCAUUCUUCCUGUUUUUUGGUUAUGUCGGGGUUUCACUUUUUAGCCCUGUGAUGCACAACUUAUGGAUAUGGAGGGGUACCGGCAAUGCAAACUUUUACUUUGCUACUGCAAUUGGUUAUGCUUUCUUGCAGAUCAUUCUGGUAAUUGAAAGUGUAAGCGCCAUGCUUAAUCAUGACAGAAUGCUUACAAAGUUAUCUACUGCAAAGCUUCAAAAUGUCAAAUCUUGA